AUGCCACCAGUUUCACCUCGUGGGGUACCUAAAACACCUCAACCUUUAAAUAUGUCCAAUUCUAACGCAACGUUUUUUAAGAAAUCAAUUCCACAAACUCCUACAACCGAAAGAGAUCCUGAAUCAGAUAUAAAGGUUUUCUUACGUGUUCGGCCGAUUCUUCCUGGAGAAACACAAGCAGAUUUACAAAUCAAUGAAAACACAGUAAUUGCAAAAGUUCAGCAAAAAGAAAAGACAUCGAAACAUCAUGCAGAGAGAACUUAUUCGUUUACACACAUAUUUAACCAAGAUGCUGACCAAGAAGAUUUAUUUCAAGAAAUCGCAAUGCCACUGCUUAAAAAGUUUAUCAGAGGAUACGAUGCGCUUUUAUUUGCAUAUGGCGCAACAAGUGCAGGCAAAACUUUUACAGUUCGAGGAACAGAGCAAAAUCCAGGUCUAAUUCCGAAAAUAGUAAGAACAUUACUUGCAGUUGAACAGCCUAUCGAUGCAGAGCGUGGCUUAUUUGUUUCGUGCGUAGAAGUAUAUAACGAGCGCAUUCAUGAUCUUUUGGGUGAUACAAAACAGCCAAUGCGCAUAUCAAAAGAUGGCUUUGGCUUUACUGUUAUUAAAGGAGCAAAAGAAGUUGAAAUAAAGAAGCCCGAAGAUUUGAAAUCGAUAUUGACAACUGUUGACAAAGCCAAAUCGGUUUGUGCAACAACAUAUAACUCACAAAGCUCAAGAUCUCACUGCGUAUUCAUGCUUAAGCUAAUUUCAAUUCCAAUAGAUCCAAAGACAAAAGCAAGGGUUAACGAUAUUUCUAAAGUUAGCGCCGCAAGACUCUCAAUUGUUGAUCUUGCAGGAUCUGAGAGAGUAGAUCCUCAAGAUAAAAACCAGAAGGUUGUUAAUGAAGCUAUCAGCAUUAACUCUUCAAUGUUUACUCUUGGACAGUGCAUAAGAAUGAUCAGGCAAACAAGACUUGGAGUCAAAGGCCUUAAGAUACCAUAUAGACAAUCCAAAAUUACUGAACUAUUCAAAGACUUCUUUGAUCCUGUUACAUCACGCAAAACGUAUUGCUCAAUCAUCAUCAAUAUUUCACCAUCAAUCAAACAAAUUUCUGAUACACUUUUCGCUUUACAAUUUGCUGCAGAAGCUGUCGAGUGUAGAGUUGCUGCUGAUGAAGUUGAAGAAGAAAAUGAAGGAGAUUUGAAUGAAGGUAGAGCACUUAAUUUUUCAGACAGUCCAGAAAAUGUUGAUGACAACAAUAAUGAUGAUAAACAGCAGAACGAAAUUGAACUCCUCAAGCUCAAAGAAGCUAAAAUCAGGCAAGAAAUCCAUUCAGAAUUCCAAGAUAGAUACAAGAAGAUCACAAAAGAAUUCGAAAACAAUAUUACACAAAUGAAAGCCUCUUCUGCUCAAGUUUAUCCAUGCAAACUUCAAGCAAUGCUUGCUCAAAAAGCUCAAGCAGAAGCAUAUAAGAGGUCCAUAAUGGAAGCAAAGACAGAGUUGGAGAGACUCCAAUCGAAGAGUAAUGAAUUAGAUAAGAAAAUUGAAGAUGUAGAAAAUGAGUUAAAGAAAAUGCUUGAAAAAUGCAAAGUUGAAGGUCAAAAGAAUAGGCAAGUUACAGAAGAUCUAGCGAACAUGGAAUCAACAAACACCAAGCUUGAAGGCGCACUAGAAACAAUUCAUCAAAAAUUAUUAGAAACUCAAGCGCAAUGCAGAAAAGAAUACGAGGAAGAAAUGGAAGAAUUCCAGAGGAGAAUCAAUGAAAUCCAAUAA